UAGUAUCCCGAGAGCCUAACUGAAACGCCAAAAUAUAAUGUUUGAGUGAACAUGCAGCCGCUUCCUGAUUCGCAUGAUGCAUUUAUUUCAUCUCUCUCUCUCUCUCUCUCUCUCUCUCUAUCCAUGGCCCUCGAGGCAUGUAGAGAGUGAUUCAGGACGAGUUCUCGAAUCUCGAUUCAUGGUUGCUUCCUUUUCCCUGUAAUUCCAUUCGUCCUUUCCAAGGUGCAAAUGAGAAAAGGGGCAAAGAGCUCUUUCUCAUUGUUGAAUAGCUUUUGUUAUGGAUUCGUCUUUAGAGGGUGUCCUGCUCGAUCCAUCUAAAUGCAGCAAGUUGAGUAUGGAAGAAAAAAGAGAACUUAUCUAUGAAAUAUCGAAGUCCCAGGGUGCAUCAGAGAUGUUACAGUCAUGGAGCCGACAAGAGAUUUUAAAAAUCCUGUGUGCUGAGAUGGGAAAAGAGAGGAAGUACACUGGCCUGACAAAGUUGAAAAUCAUAGAAAAUCUUCUAAAAAUUGUCUCUGAAAAGAAAUCAGGAGGCCAGGAAAUUACGAGAAAUUUUGAACCACCACUUUAUCCUCCUGCAAAUGGGCAGAAACCUGCUAAAAGGCAGAGAAAAACAGAGAAUCCGUCUCGGUUGCCUCUUCCAGCCAACAAUGGUCUAGUCACUAAUGGCAGUGGAGAUUUAGGUAGUAGCACCACGUGCUGUAAAAAUUCAGCUUGCAAAGCUACCCUAAGUCAAGCAGAUGUAUUUUGCAAAAGAUGCUCGUGCUGCAUUUGCUAUCAAUAUGAUGACAACAAAGAUCCUAGCCUUUGGUUAAUAUGUAACUCUGACCCUCCAUUUCGCGGUGUUUCUUGUGGCUUGUCAUGCCAUCUUGAAUGUGCUAUAAAACAUGAUGGUUCUGGCAUUGGCAAAAAUGGAGUGAAUCCCAAGCUUGAUGGUGGCUUCUACUGUCACUCAUGUGGGAAAGCAAAUGAUUUGCUCGGAUGUUGUAGAAAACAACUGUCAGUGGCAAAGUGUACCAGACGUGUGGACAUUCUUUGCUAUCGUGUCUCCUUGACCCAAAGACUUUUACAAGGCACCGAAAAGUAUAAAAAACUUUAUGAAUUAAUUAAUGAGGCUGUGAAGAAACUUGAACCUGAUGUUGGCCCAUUGACUGGCUCACCAGUGAAGAUUGGUAGGGGUAUUGUGAAUAGACUUUCAUCAGGACCAGAGGUCCAGAAAUUCUGUGGUUUUGCUUUGGAAUUGCUGGAUUCGUCACUUUCUGAAAUGAUCUUGCCUCGACCAUCACCCAGUCUGUCAAGUCAAGAUACAAAAUUGGUCGCUUCAGAUAUGGUGAGAUUUGAAGAUGUCACUGCAACAUCACUGACUGUAGUUUUGGGUUCUGAAAAUUCAUCUGGGGAAAAUAUUGUUGGUUACAGCUUGUGGCAUCGUGCAGCUCAUGAUGUGGACUAUCCCUUGGACCCAAUUUGCACAUUGCAUCUACCAGACAGAAGGUUCAGUAUCAGGGAUCUAAUUCCGUCCACAGAAUACAUCUUCAAAGUUGUUGUCUUCAAUCAUUCUAGGGAAUUGGGCACGUAUGAAGUCCAUGUUUUAACCGAGCAAAGUGAGGAAGAAGCACCCAACUGCUCAACAACAGAAAGAAGUCAGAGCCCAGUGACAAACUGUAGCAGCCUUUCCAAUCCUUCCUCAGUGGAAGAUGAAACUAAUAACAGUAAUCCAUUUUUUGACCAGACUGAUAAUAAAGUUGAGAAUCAUCUUGAUCAAAAGGACACUGACAAGCUUGCUUCAGGAAUAUUAUCCAAUGAUGCCACUAACUGUCCCAAUAAUGGAGAAUUUAGACUUCCAACAGAUGCUGAUUCUUUGUCAGACAAGGAACAUGCUGCAGGAACUGGUUCUGAUGUGUUAAAGCUUGAUGAAAAGCACUCACCAGAGGAUCAAGUCACUGAGGACAUGAGUACUGAUAACGGACCUGAUUCCCCAACUCAGACUGGGAGGGACUGCGUGCCAUUAAUAGGUAGCUCAGAGGCAGGCCUUCCCAAUACUCCAUGCAAGUUAGAAAUGCUUAAGGAUGAUCUAGGAAGAAAAGGAAGACCUAAAUCCAGUGGCAAGGCCAAGGAUCAAGAAAAUGGGCCUGCGAAGAGACAAGGUCCUCAAGAUGGAAGCAAAUCUAAGAAUAGAAAUGAGGAAAGUCAACAAGUUGAGGAGCGUGAUGCAGACGGGUUUUCUUCUGAUGGGGAUUUUGAGUAUUAUGUGAAGGUGAUUAGAAGGUUAGAGUGUGAAGGACAUAUAGAGAAGAACUUUAGGCAAAAAUUUCUAACUUGGUACAGCUUGAGAGCAACACCCCAAGAAGUAAGGGUUGUGAAAGUAUAUAUUGAUACCUUUAUUGAAGAUCCAUUAUCUCUUGCAGAGCAGCUUGUGGACACCUUCUCAGACUGUAUAUCAAGCAAGAGAACAUCGAUGGUGCCGCCUGGGUUCUGCAUGAAGCUUUGGCAUUAGCCCAGUUUAGGCAUUGAAGCCGCCCAUUCAUGCUGCUAAGAUUUGUGAUGCAGUAUUCUUUCGAUAUCUAUUCUUCAUUUAGACAGUCAACCAUUAUAGUUUAUUUCUUCAUUGUCAUUCUUAUAAUGGUAUAACAAUUGUAGAUUUACUUCUUCUGAUCAUUAAUUGCUAUUUCAAAUUGAUAUAUUUCCAAUU